AGAUGGUAUCUUGAGUCAACCGCAUCUUUGCUCAACAUAGUUCAAUCGCAGUCUACUGUAAGCCGUCGCGCUAAUCUGUCGCAGUCACUUGCGAAUCUACGCGAUGGCUGACGCCGAGAGCAGGAGGAAGUUUAUGGAACUGCUGCGGCAGGGCGUGCAGUACAAGGUCCAGCAGCAGCAGAUUAAGGCGGUCUCUUCAUCAGAUUUGGCAGGUAAAGCAGAAGCUCUUCAAGCUGAGACUAGCGAUGAAGUACGACGCGCUUCGCUGCCGGGAUCCGGCAAGGACGUUGCUGGAAUGGCAGCGUGGCAAACACUGGCGUGGCGAGAUGCCUUCUCCAUGGCUCCAUAUUUCCUGGAGACUGUCAACGACAGGCCGCUGCGUAUCAAGCAAGUGCUGCAGGGAGAGCUCAAUGGAUUCGGCACGGGGCUCACAGUGUGGCCUGCUGCCUGUGUACUGUUGAAACACUUGGAAUACCGAGCAGCUAACAAUCCAAGGGCACUGCUAGGCUCCAAUAACCCGUUUGUAUUGGAGCUCGGGAGUGGAACGGGUGCUGUCGGUAUCGCGGCGGCAAUGCUGCUUCGGGCUGGAAGAGUCGUGCUCAGUGACAUGGACAACAUCCGCUUCAUCAUGCAGGAGAACGCAGACGUGGCACGGCUGGACGGUGCGAUUAAUAACCACGUGAAGGUUGACGUUGAAGCGUACGAGUGGGGCCAGCCUCCGUCUGCGAGCCUCGUCUCGCAAUCCUAUCCAGACCUUAUCCUAGUGUCGGAUUGCAUCCUUCCAAGAUUGUAUCCGAUCGAGCCGCUAGUGGAGGCAUUGACACUGCUCAGUAGACCACACACCCGGAUCCUCAUUUCCUAUGAACACCGUCACUACCAGCAUUUCCAGCCCAAGCAGAGAUUUUGGGAGCUUAUGGAGGCAAGGAAGUUUUCGCUACGUGAGAUCGAUUCGACCGAGUAUCAUCCACAUUUCGUUGCAUCAGAUAUCGAGGUGUGGGAGAUCACUCCGCCAACACAAGGACAGUUGUAACAAUUGAUUAAUAAACAUACGUGUUUCCGGCUACUUGCC